AUGCCUCGUGUCUUUCUCAUCACCGGCACCUCGACCGGCUUCGGACACUACUACGGGCAAGAAGUCCUAGACCGAGGCGAGUAUCUGGUCGCGACGGCGCGAGACCCGACGAAGCUCUCCUUCAAAGGCGCCGACGACAGCAACCACCUCGCCACGCGCCUCGACGUGACGGACAAGACGAGCAUCGCCGCCGCCUUUGACGCGGCGCUGGCCAAGUUCGGCCGCGUCGACGUCGUCGUCAACAACGCCGGCUACGGCCUCGCCGGCUGUUUCGAGGAAUACACCGACGACCAGAUCCGGCAGCAGAUGGAGAUCAACUUCUUCGGCCUGGUCGACGUCACCCGCGUCGCCAUGCAGGUGAUGCGCGACCGCCAGAGUCCCCAGGGUGGUCUGAUCCAGCAGGUCACCAGCAUCGGAGGCCAGAGGGGCGUGCCGCUGUUCAGUAUCUAUUGCGCUAGUAAAUGGGCCGUCGAGGGCUUCACUGAGGCCGUCACCCAUGAGUUGAAGCCCGAAUGGGGCAUCAAGUUCACUCUCAUUGAGCCCGGCGGGUUCAGAACCGACUGGGCGGGCCGCAGCAUGGUUUUCGCCGACCACAAUCCCAAAUAUGACCACCUCGACGCCCGCGAACGCAUGACCCAACGCCAUGGCAACCAAGCAGGUAACCCGGUCAAGGGCGCCCGCGCCAUGUACGAGCUGGCGGUGAUGCCAAACCCACCGCUGCGCGUCGUCAUCGGCACCGACGCCUACGCGGCCAUCAUGAACAAGCUGGACCAGUAUGAGCAGAACUACAAGAAAUUUGAAACCCUCAGCAACAGCACCGAUGUCGAUGGAUAUGUGGCGCCCAAGUAA